AUGAGCGGUUCCGCCACUCAGAGAUCUCUCCGCCGCCGGUUGUUCUCAACUAUCACUCUCUCGGCUGUGACUAUCAUCGCAUUGCUCGCCUGGCUUCUCCUCUAUCACGAGGGCUACGCAACGUUACGGGAACAUGUGAGGCCGCUGAACCCGGCCUUUGAUGAGGAUAAGGGCCCAAUUUCGGAUCCAGAUCAGGAACAGCACCAGAAUCAGGGAGAAGCCGCUCACCAGACAACAUCUGUUGUACACGCCGCCAUCUCAGUGCCUGUUUCCACGUCGACCGUGUCAGACAGUGUCGGCACCAGCACUAUGGCUAUCAUAGAGAUCCCCACGGAGACGCCUUCCAAAUAUGCACCAGACGUCAGCAGCGGCGAGGCGCCGUCUAUCAAGCUGCAGCAAGGCACGUACAAGGGCGUUGUCCUACCGGCAGGCCGGCGCCUCCCGAAAGCCAUUGAAGCAUGGCGCGGUAUUCCCUUCGCCGAAUCCACAGCAGGCCCGAACCGAUUCCGCCCGCCGGUGCCGGUCGGGUCGUCAGAUGCCAACUUCAGCGCAGCCAGCUUCGGCUCCGUUUGUCCUGGGUCCGGGGUGGCAGAAGACGAGGACGCUGCCGCCGAGGGCUUGUGGGAGGGCGAAGACUGUCUCAACCUGAAUGUGUACCGGCCGCAGUCGCCAGUGGAGCACAUGAAGCUUCCCGUUGUCAUCUAUGUGCACGGCGGCGCGUUCAACUCUGGUCUUGGAGUAGAAAGGGAUCUAGCGAGCUUUGUUUCGUGGGCGGAGGACCCCAUGGUCGGUGUCAAUUUCAACUACCGUGUGGGAGCCCUAGGAUUCUUGCCAUCUGCACUGACGGCCAAGGAAGGGUUGUUAAAUCUGGGAUUGAAAGACCAGCAGCUGCUCUUUCGAUGGGUACAAGAGAACAUAGCAGCAUUUGGAGGUGACCCCGAUAAUGUCACGCUCAUGGGUUUAAGCGCUGGUGCCCAUUCGAUUGGCCACCACCUCAUGUUCUACACCCCUGAAACUGUGCCGUUCAAGAGGGCGAUCCUUGAAUCCGGAGCACCAACAGCGCGGGCAAUCUGGUGGCCAACACACCCACGUCAUCUUGUUCAAUUUCGCGAGUUUCUCGUAGCUGCUGGCGUCGAGGGCGUCGCCGAGGAGGCCUUGCUCGAGACUCUUCGUACACUGCCCCUUUCCACGAUCAUAGCCGCGACGCAAAGUGUUUGGGCCAGCUACGCAGACAGCCUAUGCUGGCCAUUCCAGCCCGUCAUAGAUGGCGCAUACCACCUGGAGGAGCACACCACCAGCACCUCUAACUUCACCGUUUCUGCUCUUCGCGAGCGGAACAUCACAGAUGUGAUCCGCGAUCUGCCCCUGACGAGCUGGCUCAAUGGGACACAUCUUCGCAUCCCCGUUAUGACGGGCUUCAACACCAACGAGGGGACAAUCUUCGUCCCGCCCCUAGCAGACACCAACGACGACUUCCUCGCCUUCUUCAAGACUCUCAUUCCGGAACUCUCGGACGCCGACCUCGCCGCCCUCGAGGCGCUGUACCCGGACCCGGCGACCUCCUCCCACAAGUACAAGACGCCCAUCCCGGACGGCUACGGCCGCCAGUGGGCGCGCCUCGACGCCGCGUACGCGCACUACGCGUACAUCUGCCCGGUGCUGCACACGGCGCACUUCCUGUCCCGGCCUCGGAGGGGCUCAGGGGCCGAAAGCGACGCCAGGGCCCCCGUGUACCUCUAUCACUUCGCCGCGCGCGGCGGCGAGUGGGACACGGCGAACCACGCCUCCGAGGCGCCGGUCGUCGUGCACGCCAUGGACGAGGUCGGCGCGCACCCGGGGCUGCUGGCGGUCGCGGACGCGAUGCACGGGGCGUGGGCGCGGUUCGUCACGCGCGGCGGCGACCCGAACCCGAACCCGCGCUCGGCGGCGGCCGGAGCGAGGCGUUCGGACGGUGCGCUGGUGGAGUGGCCGACUUUCGAGUCGCCGUUCACGUCCGCGUCCGCGCUCCCCAAACGCCUUCACGAGGACGAGGAAGACGAGGAGGAGGAUAGAGCAGCCGCCGCAGCAGCCGUGGCGAAACAGAAAGGGCUAGGCAGGCUGGUCCUCUUCGGCGAGGGGAACAACGAGCGCGUGGAGGACGCCGGACGUAAGUCGCCCGGCACACCGGCGAAGGUGAUCAACCUCUCGGACGAGGAGAAGGCACAGUGCAAUUUCUGGUGGGAUCUCGCUAUUUUGAGCGAGGGCUUGGGGAGGCGGCUCUCACGAGAGCCGCCUCUGUAUACUUGA